CGCGUCAGCCGCAGCACUCGGCAGUCAGUAGUCGUCGUCGCUCGCUUGCUUCUCCUUUCCUCCAGCAUCAGCUCGAAAAAUCUCCAGCGCAGUCAGCUACCUACUUCAUAAUCGCACGCAACUGUGCUAAUCACGGCGCGGCUUUGCCGAGCGAGAGUGUAGUCCGUAUUAUAGCUGCGUAAAACAGUGUAGCCGCAGCCCGCAGGGGGAAUAAAGGCAAACAGUGCAAGAGUGUGUGUGCCUGUGUUGCAUCUCCGUGGACGUCAAUCGAUAAAAAGCCGAGGCAGCGCGAUUCUUUCAGCGUAUAUACAUAUAAGUAGUGCCAGCGCCCAGCAUUGAGGAUAGACUGAUAGAAGAUAAAAGAUAGCAGACACGGUGAGACGUCGCGCUACGGGUAGACUUGUCGUCGUACAGCCUGUUAAAUGCGCAUCGGCCUGUGAAUCUCCAGCUGAGACAAUCCGGCAGUACUGCACAUUAAAGGAUGGCCGAACCGGCGGUGGCCGUGAAAUCGGCGCCGAAAGACGCCCCGAACGGCGGCGUGUUCUACGAGCUGGACGCAGGCGAAGGCGACGGCGACAGCUCGACGACUCCGUGUCACCCGGCGGCGGACCCCCGCGACCGCAGCGAGAGCCCGGUGUUCGGGCUGGACGGCGCGACGGCGAGCGCGAGGCACACACCCCAGGAGCUGGGCAACGAGAUAUCGGCGCCGUACGAGGUGCCGCAGUUCCCCAUCGAGCAGAUCGAGAAGAAGCUGCUGAUACAGCGCCAGCUCACCGUCAAAGCGGCCAAGGACCUGGAGGAACGACGCAGCCACUACGAGCCGUCGCUCGGCCCGGCGCCCGACGACAGCGACCAGCACUUUCCCCUCGAGGAGAAUGACUUCGUGCCGCACUUCCAGCGGGUCUCCAUAUCCGGCGAGGACACCUCCGGGGUGCCGCUGGAGGACCUGCAGCAGGCCUCGCAGAUGCUCGUGCAGGCGCUGGCCAUCCGCGAGAGGUACAUGAACAACUCCAAGCAGUCCUUCCCCAGCAUCACCUCGAGGUUCUUGAGGAGCGUCGACAAGAGGCCGGUCAACCUCGACGACGAGGUCCAGCACGACGACCGCAAAGCCAUCGAAGACCACCCGGUGCACGCGCCGGCUUCGCGGGGCGACCCCUGGGAGUGCGAGUUCCCGGCGAGCAAGGACUACAAAAUCGCCCCGGUUCACGGCGUCUUCAACCUCUUCGCCAGCGAGCAGGACUACGCCGACAACAAGCCCGUGGCCUACGCCUACCCGGACCUCGCCACCUUCGUCCGCGACAUGAACCUGCUCUGCGCCAUGAUCGCCGACGGGCCGCUCAAGUCCUUCUGCUACCGGCGGCUCAGCUAUCUCUCCUCCAAGUUCCAGCUGCACGUGCUCUUGAACGAGCUGCGCGAGCUUGCCAGUCAGAAGGCUGUGCCGCACCGAGACUUCUACAACAUAAGAAAGGUCGACACUCACAUCCACGCAGCUUCGUGCAUGAACCAGAAGCACCUGCUCAGGUUCAUCAAGAAAACGCUGAAGAACCACGCGGACGAGGUGGUCACGUGCUCGAAGAGCGGCGAGAAAAUGACCCUCCGCCAAGUGUUCCAGUCGAUGAAUCUCACCACCUACGAUCUCAGCGUCGACAUGCUCGACGUCCACGCGGACAGAAACACCUUCCACAGGUUCGACAAAUUCAACGCUAAAUACAACCCGAUCGGCGAGAGCAGACUGAGAGAGGUCUUCCUGAAAACCGACAACUACAUCAACGGGACGUUCUUCGCCAACAUCAUCAAGGAAGUUUCGAGCGACCUGGAGGAAUCCAAGUAUCAGAACGCCGAGCUGCGUCUUUCGAUUUACGGCAAGAAUCCGGAGGAGUGGGACAAGCUCGCCAAAUGGGCGAUUCAGAGCGACGUGUAUUCCGACAACGUUCGCUGGCUCAUUCAGAUUCCCAGAUUAUACGACAUCUUCAAGCUGAACAAACUGAUGACGAAUUUCCAAGAGAUUAUAAAUAACAUUUUCCUGCCACUCUUUGAGGUCACCAAUAACCCCGAGACGCAUCCAGAGUUGCAUAAAUUUCUCCAAUACGUGAUAGGAUUUGACUCGGUGGAUGAUGAAAGUAAACCAGAAAACCCUCUAUUUGACAAAGAUGUCAGCCAGCCAGCCGACUGGGACGACGUGGAGAACCCUCCUUACGGUUACUACCAGUACUACACCUAUGCCAAUAUGACAGUGCUUAAUCAGUUUAGAGAAGAUCAAGGCCUUAAUACUUUUGUUCUUCGACCGCAUUGCGGCGAAGCAGGACCAAUCCAGCAUUUAGUUUGCGGCUUCAUGAUGGCCGAAAAUAUUUCUCACGGUCUGCUACUACGGAAAGUGCCAGUCUUGCAAUAUUUGUACUAUUUAGCACAAAUCGGCAUCGCCAUGUCCCCCUUGAGUAACAACUCCCUAUUUUUGAAUUAUCACCGAAAUCCUUUGCCGGAAUAUCUGGCAAGAGGUCUAUGUGUAAGUUUAUCCACGGAUGACCCUCUGCAAUUUCACUUCACUAAGGAGCCUUUGAUGGAGGAGUAUAGUAUUGCCGCCCAGGUCUGGAAACUCAGCUCAUGCGACAUGUGCGAAUUGGCGAGAAAUUCCGUUAUUAUGAGUGGUUUCCCACACAAGAGCAAGCAGUACUGGCUUGGGCCUAAUUACACCAAGGAGGGAGUUGCUGGAAAUGACAUUACACGAACGAACGUACCAGAUAUACGAGUGGCCUAUCGCUACGAGACCUUAGUCGACGAACUUUCCAAUAUAUUCAAAGUUGUAGAGAAGCCCGAUGUUUUUUAGCUACUUUUUAUCAAGCCUAUUUCGUCUAUCGAUGUCAACGAUAUCACGCUCUGAAACAAAAACAUCCUGUCAACAUGAAAGACAAAGCAUGCGCCAAUCGUAUAAUUUUCAUAUACCCACAAGAUUCGAUAAGUGACAAUAUCAUGCCUUUUUUAGUUCACUGCAGCAACUCAUAAAAAUUUACAUCGAAAUAUUAUAGUAUCUAAAGAAAUUAUUAUAAUUACUAAAAAAAAAAUGGCUAAAUUAUAUACUGUUACCGCCAAUGCAAAUGUUUAACAAGGAAAAUAUUACUUAACUUACAAACCUUUAAUAAGUCAAGCAUGCAAAUAAACGUUCAACUUCUAAAUAUUUAAUAAGACAUAUUAUUAUAUUCAAACUAUUGUUCCAUUUUUGAAUUUUCUAUAGCGAAAAAAUUCUUCAAAUAUCGACCAAAUAAUGUCAGAACUUAGUUAUCAAUUCCCAGUUAAUACAUUAUGUAAUUAAGUAGAUUUGUGGAUAGAUUAAUAAGGCCAUGUGAAUCAGGCAUUCAUUUGAUUUACGAAGCGUUAGGAAGGCUUCAUUUAUUAUGCUAAUCAUUAAUGUAGUAAGCAUUGCAGCUGUAUUUUAUCUUUAUUUUGUUACCUUUUGUACGUUUAUACUAUUACUGUAUACUGCGUUUAAUUGUUCAAUAAAAAAAAAUAUAUGUGUACCAUAUAGUUACUGCUCAGAGGGAUUAUAGAUAGAGAAUAAUGUUGAAACUUUUAUAGCUAUUGAGGUUAUAAUAAAUUUUGAAAUGUAUUUAUUGUACAAAGUCUGUAACAUUAAAAAGAUAUUAUUAUUUACAA